UCGUGUUGGAAAAUAUGAAGUAAUUUCUAUAAAAUAAGUGACAACGACCAAUAUCAAUCAGUUAAUUUGUGAUAGCGCGCGUGUAAACGACCAUAAAUUUAUUAACCACUUGUGACGAUACGAGCAUUGAUUGCCAGUGUAUCCAUAUAAAUAAAGUUAUGAGCAACUGAGAGCCUAGAAUACGUAUGUAUGUAAGUGCGUGUGCUCACUCGAAAAACGGUAUGUGAAAGGUGGAAGCACAAACAAGAACAAAAACAAUACAAUACAACAUAUGUAUGUAAAAUGAAAUGGCGCAUGGUCCCCCUAUCGUUCAUGGUGAUUGCGCUAUUUUACGAAAAGGCUCUCAUUUCGACGGGUCAAAAUGCAACAAACUCGAAUUAUGUGCAAUACUGCAACCAUACGAAUCGCACGUCCCACAUGUGGGGCGAUGUCGACCCCAAUGUAUUCUAUAUGUGCGAUGAAGCCAACAACACAACGCGCAAAUUGCAGUGCCCGGCGGGACGUGGCUUUUUCAACGGACGCGGCUACUACGGUUGCAUACCGUACGACGAGUGGCCGGCUUGCAUGGACAAUGGCGGUAGCAGCAGUAACCGGAGUGAGCUUGGAAAUAGCACAGCGCAGGUUUGCAGGGACGAAGACCAUUUACGACAGACUUGGGCGGCCGUGGAUCCGAAUAAGUUUUACAUAUGCCAGCAGGCAGAUGCAGAGCCGCUGCUGCUGACCUGUGAACCGGGCAAGGGGUAUGUCAGCGCGCGGGUGGGUCAUAGCGACACUCACAUUGUAGGUUGUGCUGCAUGGCAGCAGUGGCGGAUGUACAUGCAGUGUGAGGGAUUUUAUUGAGACGACCACUCGUUAAAAAAUUAAAAUAUUCGGGGAAAAAUGUGAAGUAGGUGGUGGUGUGCGCUAUGCGAAAUUGGCUGCGCUGCCAGUGAAUGAUUCAUACCGAGAUGGUGUGCACAGCAAACCAUGCAUUGUUAAUUUUUAUUUAUUUUUGUUAUUGGAUGCGCUUAUAUGUAUG